AUGAUAAUACGAUUUGAUUUUCUCCGAGAAUCGAUCUAUCGAUUUAGAAUCGGUCAAUGCCCGCAUUGUCCGCCAGUGGCGGAGAAACGAAUUGUUUCGCAGUUGUUUGUAAUCGCAAGUGAGGAGUAAGUGAGGAAAUCAUUAUAUUUUGUCCUGUAGGAGAAAACAGGUUGAAAGAAACGAAGAAGUCGAUAAUAGAAAACCAUGGAGGAAGAAAGUCGUGAACGUCGUCCUUGCCACUUUACAAAAGUAUUUCCAGGCAUCCAUCUCGAUGUUGAUGUCGUCGACGUGCCAUUGGAUGUCCCUUACAUUUCCAAAUUGGAUAUCUUCUUAUUAACUUGUUCUAUUGUCAUGCACAUCGUAGACAUGUGUUUUGAUUAUAACAUCGCCAUUCGGUACUAUCUGGGUGGCAAAAUAACGUACUUUGCUUGGACAAUGUGCCUCAUACUCAUUCCUUCUCUGAUCAAUGUUGCCAUCAGCAGGAAGAUGCAGCAUCAUGAUAAAAAAAUGAAUUCUGAUAUGGAUACAUUGAACGAUCGUAAGACAACACGUUUGUUGAUUAAGAAUAAACUGUACUGUGUGAUAGCUGUUGUCUUGCAAUUGGCACCGGUUAUACAUUAUUGGGAAACUUUGAAGUAUGCAUUAAAAGCACGUAAAUGUGAGAAAUCUAGAGAUCAUGCUAAUGAAAAAAGAUAUUACCUGAAGAUGCUCAAGGAGGAUCAAGAUGUUGCCUUACUAAGAGUAUUCGAAUGUUUCCUAGAAGCUGCACCACAGCAAAUCUUGCAGUUAACUCUGAUGCUCAAGCAUUACCAUAAUGAUAUUAAUCUUGAAUUUGUACAUCAAGUAGGUAGUAUUGUCAGUUCACUUACCAGUAUGGGUUGGGCAAUGGCCAGUUAUCAUCGUAGUAUUCGAUUAGCUCAACAAGAUAAAUUUAACGUUGAUAUAAUAGGAACUGUGUUACAAUUUCUGUGGCAUUUUUGCGUCACAGUGGCAAGAAUCUUAUCUCUCGGUGUUAUUGCAAGCAUCUGGCCUUUAUAUACUAUAAUAUGUUGCAUGAUACAUUGGACAAUCAUGACAAUAUGGAUUUUGAUCGACUGCCAUGGGAUAUUAGAGUUCUGUCGAACAGAUGGCCACCCACCGCAUAUGCGGUCAACAUUUAAAGAACGCAUUUAUUCUAUAUUAUUUGCUCAAGUUAUUGGCAUAGUUCAUAUUUUUAUAUAUCUAAAUACUGUAGAUACUAAUACAUUUUGGAAACAUUUGUGUUUCUAUACGCUUUGCUUUGUGGAAAAUAUUACAUCUAAUCUGAUGUGGCGAUUUACUUCUCCUUCUGAAGUUAAAGAAGCUUGGUACUUUAAUGUAUUUUUUAUUAUCUGCAUCAUCUCCUUUUUCAUAGGAAUUACAGCAAUGAUUGUAUAUUAUGCUAUGUACCAUCCUUCAAAAAAGCAACGUGUCACAGAUCCGUCCCUUCAGCCCAUGUAAUCUUGGAAACUUUAGAGAGGAUUGAAUUAUGUAAUCAUUCCUACAUUAUAAGGUACCUUCAGAUGCAUUUUACACAAGAAGAAUCUCAAUAUUAACUCAUAUAACUUUUUUACUGUAUAUGUAACUUUUUUAUGUAUAUAUGUACAUAUGUAUACGUAUGUACAUGUACGUGUAUAGCUCAAGUUUUCAUGACAGUUUUAUAUAUUGUGCGCGUUUCUACUCAACUUUUUUAUGAUACAAUUUAUAAAAGUUUUAUAAAAUGAAGCGUUUUAUAAAAUGAAUUUCAUAUAUCUCUAAACUCUUGCUAUUCUAUAUAUAAUUUUCUAUUCUUAUAAUUUUUUUUAUACAAGCAAGCUUACAUUUUGAUUAUAUAUUUGUAAUGUCAAUCUUUUAAUAUUGUCUCAAAAUUGCAUUAUAAGCGUAUAACAAUUAUAAAAUUAUAAAAUAUCUCAUAAAGACUGCGCAGAAUUAUAAGUGUGGCUGUGCUAUAAUUAAUAGAAAUGAAAUAUUAUUUUUAUAGUAACUUGAAUAAAAAUUUAUUUUUUUUUUACUUUUAAUCUGUAAGAAAUGUCUCAGGAACAAAUAUAUAUGUAAAUUAUGAAUCUAAAACGCUGCAACUUCCUAAUAUAUGUAA